GUCCCGGAUCGAGGCUCAGCAGGCGUACCUUUCCGCCACUUUUUCGCCGUGUUUGCCUGGAAACCUAACCUGCCCUGCCCUCCUCGACGGUGCCACUUUCUCCAUCCGCCUGCUCCCUGAAUGAGGCCGUGGGAUCAGAGGCUGAGUUAAAUGUCCUGUUCUGAGCAAGAAGACAUCUGUUGCUGGAAGGCUCAGGGAGACAUAUGCUACUGAAGGUUCUUUUCCCCCGAAGAAGAAGAACAUGAAAUUGGCCAGUGAGAAACUCAGGAAGGAGCUGGAGGAAGAGCUGAAACUUGGCACGGAGCAGCUGUGCAGCCAUGCCUGGUACCAUGGCUGUUUGCCACGGCAGGAGGCAGAGUCCUUGCUGCAGGACGAGGGAGAAUUCCUGAUCCGUGACUCCCGGUCCAGCCCAGGGGACUAUGUCCUGACCUGCUGCUGGCGAGGGCAGGCCCUGCACUUCAAGAUCAUCCGGGUGGUGCUCCGCCCACGGAAGGGCUAUUCCCGCACCCUCUUCCAGUUCGAACAGGAGCAGUUUGUCAGUGUGCCCGCUCUGGUGCGCUUCUACGUGGGCAACCGGAAGGCCAUCUCAGACGACUCGGGAGCUGUGGUGUCCCAGCCGGUCAACAGACAUGUGCCGCUUCGCUGGCUGGAGGAGCAUUAUGGCAACACUGGCCAAGGAGCAGCCAAGGAGGAAGUGGUCCCUGUUCGAAGGCUUCGCUUUCCUGCAGCCACGGCUGGAGAGGAGAUGGGCGAGGGAAACUUGCUCCGAACAAAAGAUCGCAGUGGAAGUGACCCCAGUAGCCUGGACCAGGUGGGCCAGAGACCUUCCUUGCAUGGAGCCCAGUCAGACAGCAACCUGCUGACAGGUAGCCCAGAGGCCUUGCUCGGAACCCAAGACCAGAUCCAGCCUCCGCCCUUGUCCCCUGCCUUCCGUACGGGCAGCGACCCUGUGCUACGGCCAAACACCGCUUUGCCUCAUCCUCUGGGAGGUCCGGCGUUGAGUGGCUCUGAGGGCCAGCUGCAUUCCAAAGCACCCCCCAAGCCACUGAGGGCUCCGUCCAUGCUGGGGAGCGACUACUGUGAACUGGUCCCCAAGGCCCCUGAGGGCCCUCGCACCCAUGUGGAACGCCUGCAGACAGAAGAGAGGUGGCGUGGCCGGGCCCGCAUCACAGAGACUGCCUUUGGCUUCCUGGACUCCAAUGAGGCCCCUUCCCCCCCGCCCCCACAGGGGGAUGCUGAGGAGGAGGAGCAGGGGUUUGAGCGGCCUUUGCUGGAGGCGGCCUCCUCCUUCCAGCCUUGCCAUUUCCACUCGCUGCUCUUGGCCCCGGGCAACAAGCCGCUGGAGCCCAGCACCCUCCGGCACCUCAAGGACAUCUUCGCCCAGCAUGACUGCCAGGCAACAGCCCUCCACAUUCUGCAGAUGGACUGCCAGGCUGCAAGAAUAAUUGGGGUCCCCAAGGAGCAGCGGCGGGCAAUGGGGGUGAACUCGGGCCUGGAACUGAUAACCCUCCCACAGGGGCACCAGCUGAGGAAAGACUUGCUGGAAAGGCACCACCUCAUCGCGCUGGGCAUUGCCGUGGACAUCUUGGGCUGCACAGGGGCAGUGGCUGACCGAGCAGCCACCCUGCACAAGGUCAUCCAGUUGGCUGUGGAGCUGUGGCGAUCAGCAGGGGACCUCUUUGCCUUCUCCGCUGUGAUGAAAGCCCUGCAGCUGCCACAGAUCACACGAUUGGAGCAAACAUGGAGGCAUCUGCGCCAGAACCACACACAGAGUGCCAUCGUCUUUGAGAAGGAGCUCAAGCCUCUUAUGGGGCAGCUGAACCAGGCUGAAGGGAAUUCUUUCCCCUUCCUGAAGGAAGUCACUGUUCCCCACAUCGUGCCCCUCCUGUGCCUCAUGGAAGGAGAAGAGAUUUGGGGUGAGGACGAGGAGACGUGUGAGGUCCUUCUGCGAACACUGGAAGCCGCUCGCCACAUGGCCACUAACGCUGGUGCCUUUCAAGUCAGUGCUGAAGCCAAGCUCCAAGGAUUCCAAGCUACUCCAGAGCUCCUGGAAGCAUUCCAGACAGAAUUCUCACUGCGGUUAUUCUGGGGCAGCAAAGGAGCUGAGGCUGAUCAGGCUGAGAGGCACAAAAAAUUUGAACGGAUCCUGACAGUUCUCUCCCAGAAACUAGAGUGAAUGAGGCAUCAGACAAGAGUUCUGUACUUCUGCUUUGCUAGUUGGAGUGCAAACAGAGAGUGACAAAGAAAAAUGGUGAGCCGUAAAGAACCCUCCACUGACAGGAGGAAGCCUGGGCCUCCUAGAGACCAACUUGAGUGGAGGGCACUGUUUGUUAAAAGCAGAAACUCAUCUGUUGGAAGCAGCACUCCUUAUGAAGCAUAACUGGUCUUCCUUCUCUAAAGCACUACGACCGUUGUUCCCUCAUCUCCAUCCCCAAAUCCAGUGCCGCCUUUGUCAAUGGGGGCAACCUCUGGCACAGCCACAGUAUGAGAUAAGUGGAAAGCAUUUUGUCAGUUGUGGUGUUGAAAGUAUGCUGCUCUCUUUACUUACUCUACCCUGAUUGCAGAUUACAAAUGUCAUGCUCUGGGAUUGUAGGCAGAGGUCUAAAACCUUUCAUGACCACUGGGUACAUAGCCUGUUGUUUCGAAACUUGCUUAGGGUAUCAGUGUUGGCAAUUGUGAUCACAGGGAAAGCAGAAACUGACUAAUCUGGAACAAUGGUGUUACAUUCUGUGUGUGGCAAAGGUGUUCCUGUGUUUAACAUCUUUCAUUCUGCAUGUGUGGCACUCCAAUUGUUGAAGUUUACUAUACUGUUGUUUAAAUUUUUAGCUCCUUUACUACAAAGAAGUCUUACAGGAAGAGUACGUCUGCUACACCUUUGAAAUCUCUGUACCUUGCCAGGUAGAAGACAUCUUAGAGGAGGGGAUAGACAGGCUUUAGGUUGGAGACAUUCAUGCCAGAAGCCCGAGGCCUGCUAACUAGAGCCCAAGUGCAAAAAUGUAGCUCAAGGAGUUGACCAGAAAACUGAGAAGCAAGGUGCAGUCCAGGGAUUUGUCUUUAGUACUGUAAGUGGGAUUCACACAACAUUUUACUUAUUUUCCCAUAAGCUUGCUUGGGUUUAGUGGCCUAAUUCAGGAGGGGCAAAAUGCUUUUGUUGGUGCUGUUAAGACAGGAAGGCAGACGUCUCUGCUGCAAUUCAGCUUGAGGUCUACCAGUCUCUGUGUCAGGGAAAGUGACCUGCCUAUGGGUAUAAACAAAUAUGUAAGUUAUAGAAAACUAAUAAAAUCUCUUCUCCCCUUCCAAAAUAAGCUAUACAAAGGCUUAAGGAUACUUGAUAAGGAAGAAAGCUUCACAGGGUCAAAAUCUUGCAGAAAAAGGCAAUUCUACCAGUGCAGUAGGAAGAUAACCGAUGCUGGUGGAGGCUAGGACUAGCUACUGGUCCCUGCAGCACCUCCUCAUCUGUUAGAGAAACGACUGGGAUCUUCUUACAUCCUGUCUUCAAAAAGCCAGGUUUUAAAAAACAUCUGAAAAUGUCUGCACACAAAUGUGUCUGAACUAACAUAGUUUCUUUGCCUCAUUUUAACUAUCUGGUUAGGUAUCCUGUGCUUUUUCCAUUCUAAGGAGCUACAUCUCAGCCUGCAGAAAACUCCAAUUAGAAUAAUCUGUUCCAAUUGCAAGGCACAUCCUGGACAGUUGGGGUUGGGGCGGGGGAGAAAGAGAUCCAGACUGAUUCUUCAGAGUGUUAAAACCCACUGUACUAACAGAUUCAGGGCUACUUUUUCUUCCACCCCAGCUUGGCAUGGCCAGAACAGGAAAAAAGCAAGGAUUGCUAUACUAGUUGGACUCUUUUAUUCUGCUCUUUUCAUCCCCCAGUCUCGGGGGCUCCUGCACUAACAAACAGCAUUGUAAAGCUAUUUAUGCUUUUCUACUUGAAUUUUUUUCUGGUAAGGAAAAAAAUGGAAGCAGCCAUGGAACAACACAGAAGGGCUACAAAUUGGUAUCUUCUGGAUUUCCCAUUAAUUCCUUAACUGGGGCAAGAGAACUGGCACAGUAAAGCCUCAUCCCGAAGCAACCUACCAUUUUUACAUCUUACAUAGGAGCCGCACAGGACAAGGGCUGAGAUAAGCUACAGGUAGUGGGUUUUUAAAGAAGUUUAUAAAAAUGUUAGACUCUGGCAUGUAUGUUAUUUGGGAGCCUACCACUACUGUUCUGCUCACUCCACCACACACACCCCACACCAUAAAAAC